GGUGCGGAAAGCAUUGACCGAGAGACCGCUCGGCAAAGACAAGUACACAAGGUUAGUUCCACCCGCUCCAGCUCGUAUUGCGUGGUACCCGGAGUAUAUACAACCACCGACCGGAGGCCGGCAGCGUUAAGCAACCGGGGGUACUAUUAUUAUUAUUACAGUUCGCGUUUGUCAGUUGGUGUGUUAUCGCGAUUUAUCGGACGAUUAAUCGAUUUGAUUGAAGUUACGGUGGUACCGUUAUACACCGCGCUACGUGGUGGUAGUACUUCAUUAGUGGCGAUUUUUUUCUGAUCGCUGGACGAUCUAUUUCUGUAAAGAUGAAGCUCAAACGUGCCAUAUCAGCUAUACCCAUAUUAUCAUCCAGAAGAAUUUCGAAACCAGGAUCUGGAGGCCAAGAAAGGACAGAUGAUAUUCUGACAAGUCUACGUAGAGUGUCGGAAACUUUAGGAGUAAAACAGGCGAAAGAACUCUAUCUUAGGAAAGCCAGAAGAACCUCAAGAUGGAAGAUAUCAUGUCUGCUGGUAUUUGGUAUAAUCACCUUAUUGUCUGGAAUGAUAACCCUAAUAUUUACACCAUUCCAAAUUCUUCUAAGCAUCAGAUUGGAGAUGACACCCGGUUUACCUCCUUUUGAUUGGUGGUUUACACCGCCCGAUGAAGUUCUUGUCAGAGUUCAUAUUUUUAACGUCACGAACUCAGAAAGAUUUCUUAAUGGAACAGACAGCAAACUGAACAUUCAAGAAGUAGGACCCAUUGUAUACAGAGAAAAAUUAAUACAUAGCAACGUGAUUUUUAACAAAAAUGGUACUUUAACGUAUACAGCGAAUAGGACGGCUGCGUACGAACCAGAACUAAACACUAUAAAUUUAAACGAAACUCUCAUUGUUCCUAAUUUGGCUGUAUUGCUUAUACCAGCAUAUUUCCAUGAUGCGACUAUGUUUUUCAAAUUCGCUAUAAACGUGUUGAUGAGAACAUAUUCAGCACAGCCUUUUGUAAAAACCACAAUUCACGACUUCCUUUGGAACAUGACGGAUCCCAUCUUGGAAGCUGCCGAAAAAAUAGCACCAUCUCUAGUACCAACCAAAAAUACUGGAAUAAUGCAAAUAAUAUACCGAGACUUCAAAGACAACGUUACAGUUUUUAUCGGGAACAAACAUGGAAACUCAAAAUUCUUCACCGUGGACACUUACGAUGGUUCGGAAUAUUUACCACAUUUUUCCGACAGCAAAUGUCGAUUAAAAUUUAGGAAUUCUUCAGAAGGACUUUCCUAUCCUCAAAUGAUCACCAAAGACACCAAUUUAACUUACUGGCGGAAAACAGUUUGCAAAUUAGCUGAUAUAAGAUAUUCAAACGAAAAUAGUAAAUAUGGCAUCAAAGCGUACAACUUUAAAUUUGUGGACUGGGCGUAUAGCAGAGUUGAGUUUGAAGAUAACAAAGAUUGUUACAAAGGAACCCCUCCACUACCCAAUGGACUUGCUGAUGUGUCAUCAUGUUAUUGGGGAUUUCCAUUGGUUAUGAGCUUCCCCCACUUUCUCUACGGAGAUGACGUUAUCAGGACCUAUGUGGACGGCAUGAACCCCAACGAAGAAUCUCAUGGAUCAUUUGUACUCAUUGAACCAAAAACUGGUAUUCCACUAGAGGGCAAAGCACGAUCCCAAAUCAAUCUGAAAAUGAACAAUAUGCGUGGAUUCACCAGCAGUAUAGAAAAAUUUAGUAACACUGUAGUGCCCUUAGUAUGGGUCGAAUAUCAUCAAGUUGGUAUUCCAUGGUACAUUCAAACCCUAAUUUACUUGGUAGCUGUGAUAGUACCAGUAGGACAGCUACCCUUCUCGAUAUUCUGCGCAAUUUUGGGCUGUGUUUUAGUGUACUUAGGAAUCAUUGGUCUUGGUAGAUGUAAGAGACGGCAAUUUGAAGAAGAGGAAAUCCUAAGGUUCGAGGUAGAAGCUUUUCUGAGGAAAUGACAAAAUUAUAAAUAGUUUUAAGUUUAUAUCAGAGAUAUAGAGCGUUAAGGAGAAUGAACAAAGUUUGCAUGCUCAUUCUCUCUACCUCGAUAUCUGUGAUUUAUAUAAAUGUGAUAUAAGUAUGAGCUUGAAUGUUAGCUGUUAUUUUCGUUAUUGUGUAAUUUUAGUUAUUGUUAAAUUUAAGAAAUGUGACAAUUUGGUGCAGAACUGGGUAGAUUUAGAAAAAAACGGGCUUAGAUGUUAAUAUUUUAUUCUACACAAACUUUAGUCAAUACUUUUUAGGUUUUAGUUAAUUAUAAGAAAUAAGACUGCUGGUAUAUUUG